GAAAUAACAAAUGGAUAUAUUUAAUAUUGUGUCAUAAGUCUGUAAUUCGUAAAUAUAUUUAUAAAAAUGAGUUUAUUUAUGAGAAAUUAUAAACCUGGCGUGGCUUACAACGCUCAGAUAUUAUGGCGUUUUAAUUCAACAACGGCGGAAACUCUGAAACAAGGCGAGGAAGAAGAGGAAUUUCGAGUUCUUGAUAUUCUACAAAAAAGGGGGAAAUUACAGAAGAAAAUAGUCCGUAGAACAGAUAUACAGCCAGAUAGAUCGGAGAAAAUGCCGACAGACCAAAAUUGGGGCAAUGUCUGGCCAGGUCCAAGAUCCUUCCACCCAUCAUCAGUACCACUGCCAAUUCGACAAGGCUAUGUGCCAAAGGGCCAAGCUCCACCAGGGAAGAAGGCAAAUGCGGAAUUAAUGAAAAUACCAAACUUCCUUCAUCUAACACCACCCGUCAUCAAGAGUCAAUGCGAAGCUAUCAAGAAGUUCUGCACACCAUGGCCGAAGCUAUUAAACUCUGAGGAAGCAAUUGAGAAGCAUUAUCCAAUGGAAAUUAUCAGCUCGGACUACUGCCAUGCAAGUCCAACGAUCAGGAACCCACUGGCUCGUAUCGUGACUUUACGUGUUAAACUUUCAAAUUUGAAAUUGGAUGCCCGGGCAAGGGAUAAGUUCCUGAGAUUGGUGGGUGAUAAAUACGAUGAGAAGACAGACCUGGUCACAUUGACAGCUGACCGAUGUCCGGUUAGGAAACAGAAUUUGGAUUACGUCAACUAUCUUCUGACCGCAUGCUACCAUGAGUCUUGGACAGUAGAAGAUUGGGAAAACGAUAAAAGCUUAGAGGAUAUGGAAUAUUAUGAUUUUGAUUUGAAUCCGUCGAAAAAGAAUCUUGUUGAAUGGUAUUUAAAGUCAAACAAUGAAGGUAAUAAUUUAAAUGAUGAAGAAAUUAAAAAUUAUGAUGUAUCAAAGAUUCCUAAUGGAGUAGAAUAUAAAAAUGCAGUAUCCGAGUUGUUUAAUGUGGGUGAAAGUGAUGCCACAUUGAAUAAAUAUGAUACAUCUGUUAGGAAAUUGUUAGGGUUGCCAGAGAAAAAAAUUGCUAAUUGAUUGUAAAUAAAAUAAAAUAUUAUAGGUUGUA